AUGCAGGCGAACUUCACAGUGGCAGAGCUGGUGGGUAUUGUCAUAGGGUCGACAGCAGCGGUGCUCAUCAUCGCAUCAGUCAUCAUGCUCUCCGUCAUAAGACGCAGGAGACGGAGGAGGGAAACAGAAGUCCUGGACUGGGGAUACCAACCACAAACAUGGGAGGAGACGUGGCCAAGGCAGAGCCAGGCGACGGGCCUGAUACCGCAACAGCCGGUGAUGCGACAGGCGACACCUCCAAUGGACCUCUCACCCAUCUUCUCGCCGACUUCUGCACAUAACCUAGAGGAGGCACUUCUCCGUGCCGAGAGGGUGAACAGCUACCCACAGCCAGAACCACAACCGUACCGAUAUUCACAGACACAAACGACAUCACCGACCUCAGCAACUCAGUAUCAUCAUCACCAUCAACUCCCUGGUCCUCCUGCUCCUAUUAUCGUGCCUUUUUACCAUCACCAACAACAACAACAACAACAACAACAACAAGAAUACACUCGGAAAGAAAUAGACUCCAUCUCGCGCCAAUCACCAACCUACUCAUCCCCUCAGCAGCGCUUUGCACGCGCGACCAUGGCGUCCAACGCAGCCAGCAGCCGGCAGUCCUCGACGAGGAGCAGCCGGCGGGACUGGCCGCUGCAGCGCCAGGACUCGACGUCGGGCGGCUUCCGGAGGCUGUCGACGCUGAGCGGGCGCAUACGUGGCGGCAGACACAUCGACAUCAACAACAGAGACUCGCCGGCGGAGCUGUGGACCACGGCCAACGUGGCCGAGAUGGACGACACGCAGACGCCGCGGCCCAGGGCGCCCUCCUUCUUCGAGAGCCCAGUGCUCGGCACAGCCGGCCUGCACGUCAGCAUAGUAAACCCUAAGCAGAGCAGGGGAAGCUUGCGGACUGGUUCCGCAAGGAGCGGUGGCUGA